AUGUCGGUUGCUCAAUACGACACCAAAUUCAAUCAUCUCAUUAAGUACGUGCCAAUGUAUGAUACCGAUGAGUGGCAGAAAGCACAAAAGUUUAUGUCAGGACUUCGGGUGGAUCUACUGCAGGCCUUGAGCACAUGGUCGAUCGAAUCAUAUGAGGAAGCUUUAAGUAAAUCUUUGACGACAGAGAGAAACCUUUUGCAACAAGGGCACAUAAGUAGGAAUUGCCAGAAGAGAAAGGAAACACCUCCAGUUAAAGACAUGUUGAAGGUGGUGUGUUUCCAGUGCAAUCAGCCAGGGCACUAUUCAAGUAACUGCCCGAAGAAGCCAAGACUCGGACAAGCAGAUGGGCCAACUGAAAAGGCAGGAGAGGCUUGUGGGACUUGUCAGGGACGUGUCUACAACCUCACCAAGGAAGAUGUGGGGACAAAUCCGGCAGUCGUGCAAGGUACGCUCUUCAUAUCAGAUACCCCUACUCAUGCAUUGAUAGACCCUGGGUUAACACAUUCAUUUAUGUCAUACGCUUUGGCUACAAGUUUAGGGGUAGACACUAAACAUAUGGAAUCUCCGAUAAUAAUCUCGACGUCCAUGGGUAAAAGUACAAGAUCCUCAAAGGUGAUAGAAGAAUGCGAAAUUAGUUUAAGUGAUGCUCGAUUUCAAGUGGAUCUAAUCUUGCUAGAAGUGUAUGACUUCGACAUAAUCUUAGGAAAGGAUUUCUUGUCCAAAUACGACGCCAGCAUAGAUUGUCGAAGAAAGGUAAUGACCAUAAAGAAACCCGAAGGGGAAUGGGUCAAAUUUUGGGGACAGGGUGACCCUAGGAAUAGAAAAAUGAUUUCGACCAGGAAGGCAGAAAAGUUGAUAAGCCAGGGAUCUCAUGGAUGUAUAGCCUAUGCUCGUUUGGAGGAGAAAGAGAUACCAAAGCUCAAGGAGGUGCAGAUGGUACGAGAGUAUGAAGAUGUAUUUCCAGAAGAUCUACCAGGACUACCACCACCUCGAGAGAUCGAGUUCUUAGUCGAUCUAGUACCAGGAACUAAGCUGAUAUCAAUUCCCCCAUAUCGAAUGGCCCUGGCAGAAAUGAGGGAAUUACGGAGCCAGUUACAGGAAUUGACCGAUAAGGGAUUCAUUAGGCUGAGCACAUCGCCGUGGGGCACGCCAGUGCUAUUUGUAAAGAAGAAGGAUGGAAGCUUGAGGAUGUGUAUUGACUACCGUCAGUUGAAUAAAACUACGGUAAAGAACAAGUAUCCACUUCCGAGAAUUGAUGAGCUGUUCGAUCAAUUGCAAGGAGCAAAGAUAUUUUCGAAGAUUGACUUAAGGUCGUGA